AUGCGUUUUAGCAUUGGGUUCAAGAUUUUGGCAUUCGCUGCCAGCGGGGUUCUGCUUGGGGUACACAAGUCCAGCGUUGGCGCACCUGUCGGCAAGGACGGCGCUCAAGGUAAAGGUAAAGGCGUCUCUUCCUCCUGGUCGACAUCGCCAACUCCUUCAUCAAAGCCCGAAGUCGCAGGUCAUCCAAACUCUGACGUACCUUCAAGCAGUGACGAGCUGAUAUCUUGCUUCAACUCUGAUCCAACAUGGCGCCAACUUCUUGAAUGGGCCAAUGCUAAGAAGCUCGAAGAGACGGACAUGCGAAGGUACCGCCGCAUCGGCAAUGAAAUGCCUGACUAUGUUGACAAAGAUGCAUUGUUGGCAACUUACCGGAACAUAAAGAAGGACGAAGCCCAUAUCAAAGCCACAAAACUCAAGUGUCAAGCUCUAGAUGCCGAACUUGAGAAAGUGAUCGAGGAGCUAAAAGCCAGGCUCGACGGCACUUCUGCCACCAAAGGCCACGGUACGAGGCCUGAGAAGCGAAGUCGCGAGGAUGAGCUAGAGCAGGAGAUCGGAAAAGCCGCAGGCGAAAAAGACAAGCAAAGCCCUCUGACGAAGAGAGGCAAGAUCGAUCUUCGACUUGUGAAAGAUGUGGACAUCGAUGCGGUUCCUGAUGUGACAGGUGAAUAG